AAAUAUACCGCGAGAGACUAGGACUACAGAAGAAUCCAAGAUGGCGGCUAGGGAAGCAUUGAAAGCUCUAGUCAAGAAAGAUCGCUAAACUACUAGGCGAACAACAUGAAGAAAUCAGCAGAUACACAGAGAAACUUUAAAUUGAUUCACCAGACUUUGUGCAUAACUUCUAUCGACUUCCAGCGAAGAUGUCUAUUUGGAUUUGUGGAGCUUCGCGUGCUGCCACUCACAAGCAAUUUGAACAGGCUCAAGCUCAACUGCAAGCAGUGCCGAAUCAUGAGAGUCUGUAUACGAGAGGAAAAGAAAGAGGAUUGGUAUGAGGCAGGAUUCCAGCUGGAAGAUUCCAGUAGACCAGUGUGUCCUGAUGGUAAAAAGCGAAAUCUGGACUAUUUUCUGGCAUGCCAGCAAAAUGCUGUUAGCUCUGCUGACCCUGAUUACGGAGGAGGGGAGCUGGUUAUCAGGAUUCCAAAAGAGGUUCUUUCAUGUGCCAUGGAGCGCAAGCAGUUCCGUGUGAGCAUUGAAUACUCCUUGGAGCAUCCAGAUAGCGGCAUCCAGUUUGUAACACCAAAGGGAGAUGGGACUAUGGCUCAGAGGGCAGCUCAUUUGUUUACCUAUACAUAUGCUAAUUCAUCAAGACUGUGGUUUCCUUGUGUUGAUUCUUACGCUGAAGUCUGUACAUGGAGUAUUGACAUCACAGUAGACAAAGACAUGGUUGCUGUUAGCUGUGGAGAGCUUGUUGAUCAGGUCUUUACUAUUGAUGAGAGACGAAAGACUUUCCAUUAUGCGUUGAAUAUACCAACUUCAGCUGUAAACAUCGCCGUGGCUGUUGGGCCCUUUGAGAUCUAUGUUGACCCGAUUAUGCCAGAAGUGACAAAUUUCUGCCUCCCUGGUCUUCUGGCAAAUCUAAAGCAUUCCACAGCAUUCCUACAUGAUGUGUUUGAGAUGUAUGAGGAGAACCUCAGCUGCCGAUACCCCUACACACAUUACAAGCAGGUGUUUGUUGACCAGGCUUAUAGCGUCAAGGCAGCUUACGCAUCUAUGUCCAUCUUUAACACUAGUCUUCUACAUUCAUCACGCAUCAUUGAUCAAACUUUCAUCACAAGAAGGGUGCUGGCUCAGGCGCUAGCUGAGCAGUUCUUCGGCUGUUACAUUUGCAUGCAAGAUUGGUCAGAUGCUUGGCUUUGUUCAGGUAUUGCUGGAUAUCUCUACAGUUUGUAUGUCAAGAAAGCUUUUGGCAACAAUGAAUACAGAUAUUGGAUCAUGAAGGAAACAGAGUCAGUGUGUCAAUACGAGACAGAUGGCCCUGGACUCCCUCCCCUCCACAGUAACAUGAUAGAGAGCACUGCUAACCAGUCAUCCAGCUCAUCUCAAGACAGUCCCAGAUCAGCAGCAGGCUCCUCCAUACACCUACACCCACACCUAACCAGCGUCAAGCAGCGGGAAGUGGCAUGGAGCAAGUCACACUUGGUGCUUAGGAUGAUUGAGAUUAGGAUAGGCCAGGAACCAUUAUUACAGGUUUUCAAUAAGCUUCUAUCUUUGGCAAACACCACGGCUCAACCUAAAGUUGACUCAAGUCUCUGGAGGAAUCUUCUACUCUCUACUUCAGGAUUCCUCAAGUCCAUAUCAACGGUAUCUGGCAAAGAUAUAAAUGUUUUUAUUGAUCAGUGGAUAUGUCACAGCGGUAUUGCCAAAUUCCAUGGUAGUUUUGUGUUUAAUAGAAAAAGAAAUAUUGUAGAGCUGGACAUUAAACAGGAUUUAUCAAAAGGCACUGUGAAAUAUGUUGGCCCACUGACAGUCUGCGUGCAAGAGCUGGAUGGCUCUUUUAAUCACACUGUUCAGAUCGAAGAUAUCACAAGCAGACAUGAGCUUCCCUGUCAUUCAAAGAGCAGGAGAAAUAAAAAGAAAAAGAUCCCGUUGAUGACAGGCGAGGAAGUAGACAUGAACCUUGAUGCCAUGGACUCUGAUUCACCAGUGCUAUGGUUAAGAAUAGAUCCGGAGGUGACAUGGUUGCGGCAGGUCUCAUUCGAGCAGCCAGACUACAUGUGGCAGUACCAGUUACGCCACGAGCGGGACAUCAUGGCCCAAGUACAGUCUUUAGUGGCUCUAGAGAGGUUCCCAACGGCCCCUACGCGCGACGCCCUGAUGGAUAUCAUCACCCAGAAGGAGUGCUUCUACCGCGUGCGACAAGAGGCAUGCAUGUGUCUAGCCAAGGUCGCGUCUGCCAGCGCAGAUUCCUGGACCGGACAGACUGCGAUGCUGAACAUCUUCAAGAACAUGUUUGGCUCCAAGUCAGCGCCACAGAUCAUACGAUACAACGACUUUUCCAACUUCAUAUCCUACUUCGUCCUUAAGACGCUACCGAUAGCGAUAGCAUCUGUGAGAAAUAUCCACUCGCAGUGCCCUCGUGAGGUGGUGCUAUUCCUCAUGGAUCUUCUCAAGUACAAUGACAACAGACUCAAUAAGUACUCUGACAGUUACCAUCUCGCUUCGCUGAUCGAAGCGCUAUCUGCCACAGUUACCCCAGGUGUCGCCAUGGUGUCCACUCAGAGUGACGGUAAGCUGUUGGUCAAGUUAAAGGACGACACCCAGCUCGUGCUCGCGGAGGUCAUCCGGCGCCUGAACCUGGAGAAGCUCCAGCCAUCCUACCGCUACUGCGUGACAGUCAGCUGUCUAAAAGCUCUUCGGAAUCUGCAAGUGAAUGGCCAAGUACCUGCUGACUCCGUUGCCUUUGAGUUCUACGCCGGAUUUGGACACUUUGAAGACGUAAGAUGUAGUGCUAUCGAAUGUCUUGCCGACUACACCAAAGUCGAAGUCAGCGAGAAAACUCUGAAUUUUCUUAUGGAAAUCGUCGAAAAGGAUCCGGUUCCUUACAUAAGGCAUCAUACGCUUCGAGUGCUGAGUGACAACCCCCCAUUCACGAGAAAGUCCGACUCGCCUCUCUGUACCCAGGUUCUUGUGGAACGCCUGUGGCAUUUUAUGUGCACGGUCCACGACUGGCGCUUACGCUGUGAUGCUGUAGACCUGUACAGCGCGUUGUUUGGUCGUCUAACACCAUCGUGUGUACCAUCACAAGGGAUGGGAAUCGUGAUUGACCUGAAGGAGAAGAAAAUAAUGAAUCUUUCGCCACUCCCUUCCUCGGGAUCACCGCGAGGAUCAGUGAGCGGUGAGGAGUCGACCGCUUCUCGGAAAAGCCACAAGCGCAAAUCACGCGCUGUAUCCCCCACAGAUUUCGACUCACAGCCAGACACUCCAAAGAGCUUCGAGUCUGCAUGCUCAGACAACAGCAAACUCAAGCUAAAAAUCAAGCUCGAGAAGGAGGAGGGUGGAGUGGACAGUGGCGCGGAGCAGCGAAUGAAAGAAGUUGAGGCUGCCAUGAGUGAGAUCCGAAAACACAAGAAAAAGAAGAAGAAACACAAGCACCGAGACGAGAAGGGCAAGCGAAAGAUGAGCACCAGUAGCAGCAACUAUGACUCGCCACUCAUGUUCGACCACUCCAUGCAGUAACUAGAUGCAGUAACUAGACAUGACUCGCCACUCAUGUUCGACUACUCCAUGCAGUAACUAGACAUGACUCGCCACUCAUGUUCGACCACUCCAUGCAGUAACUAGAUGCAGUAACUAGACAUGACUCGCCACUCAUGUUCGACUACUCCAUGCAGUAACUAGAUGCAGUAACAAGACAUGACUCGCCACUCAUGUUCGACCACUCCAUGCAGUAACCAGACAUGACUCGCCACUCAUGUUCGACUACUCCAUGCAGUAACUAGAUGCAGUAACUAGACAUGACUCGCCACUCAUGUUCGACCACUCCAUGCAGUAACUAGACAUGACUCGCCACUCAUGUUCGACCACUCCAUGCAGUAACUAGA